AUGUCUCCUGCCUCGCUCGGUCUUCCUCCCUCCUUGUUUGAUCUUGAGCUGGAUGCAGCCGUCCAAUACGUUGGACACGCUGUACGAGACGAGAAGAAGGCUCUGCCGUCAACGAUUUUUGAGUACGAUUUUUCCCGCUAUGCCACGGGUCUCAUCUUUGUUGUUGUCCUCUCGUCGGAUAGAUUUUCGCCGGUUUUGCCUUGUUUGGCGAACUUUGCGAGAGCCUCCACUAUCCGGGGGAAUAUCUCUCCGACUGUGGCUAUCAUCUGUCCUGUUGAUCAUAAACUUGAGAGCUACGACUCUGGACCGAACCUUCGGUCAUACUCAUGGCCUGCCCGCCUACCACCUGCAACAAAAGAGAACUUUCCAACCCCAAUGGCGCACACCACAUUGGCACCCCAGGGUGGUGUCCUUCGCGCAGCGAGUAAGAAUGAACACCGGUACAUUACGCGCCAUGCAUUGGGCUUCUAUCGUGCCCUUACAAUGACCGGUCUAUACACUCUGGACCUUGAUACAGGCCUAUCCACAUCAGAGAGCUCAGAGUACGUUGACAUGACAAUACCCGAUACGUAUAUCCCAGCAUUGAAAUGGUGCAUUGCUGCGCAUCCGAUCCUGCGAACCGGUAUUCAGGGCCAGGACGGUGAGGAGCCGGUGUUUGUGCGUGCGCCUAAGAUGGACUUGCGGAGACAUGUUAGGGUUGAUUGUUCGAUCAUGGAUGGCGGUGUGAACCUUGAUGGGAAAAGCGAGGUUGAAGCGCUAAGACGGGUUUUGUUGAGGGAACAUGAUGAGGGCUUUGAGGGUGUUGAGAAUGUUCCACCGUGGAGGGUUGUUGUUGCUCCUUUGCCGGUGUCAGACAUUGAUGGUUAUCAGAGAAAUGAUGCGAGGAGGAAGGCUAAGGCUUAUAUCAUUUUCGCAUACUCGCAUUCGCAUGGAGAUGGGCGCUCUGGUCUUGUUUUUCACAGGGCAUUCCUUGAGGGACUGAGAGGGGCGCAUCGGGUCUAUGAUAAGGGGUAUGAGUACGCUACUACGAUUGAUCACCAGGGUUCAGUGUCGGAGGUGGAGUACCAGCUGCCGCCGCCACUGGAGGAGGCUUGUGCUCUCAGAAUUACCUGGUCAUAUCUCCUGCUGACUCUUUUCGGAGCGCACUUACCUGCAUUUGUGAGCAGGUGGUUUGGUUUUCAGACGCCUGCUGUCACCGAGGGGACCUGGACCGGGGAAGUGAUGAUGCACGAUUCCGAGAGUUUUCGAACGGGGGCAGCGAUUCUCAUUGUAGAGGAGAGGCGGCUCGACACUGUGCUGAAGACUUGCAGGGAGAAAGGAGGAGCGAGGUUCACUGGGUUGCUGAACCAGCUUGUGGUGCGUGCUCUCAGCGGCGCGCUUUCCGCCCACACCUUUGCAUCUGAGGCGUCUGUCAACAACUUCAUCGGCCAGAUAGUCAUUGAUCUUCGACGGCUGGUUCCUGCAUACUCAGACGAUAUGAUGGUGAACUGUGUUUCUGCUGCAUCUGAGUGCUCCCCUCGAGUUCCUGAUGACCAGGACGAGGAUCUGAGAAAUAACGCGGCGUUCUGGGAUGCAGUUCGCCAGACAACAUUGCGCUUAGCGAGAUCCUCGAGCACGCUCGUCGACCAACCCAUCGGCCUCCUCAGGUAUCUGGAUAAAUUCCGUCCGUGGUUCUUGGAGAAGCUUGGGAAGCGGCGGGACUCGUCGUAUGAGAUUAGCAAUGCGGUUGUGUUUGAUCCUUCGCCGGGCCAUAAGUCCACUUCCGUUGAGAGCAACAAUCGGAAGGAAGAGGUGAAGAUGGAUUGGAACAUUGAGCGGAUGGUGAUGUCUCAGCCGGCGAAUGUGACGGGCUGCCCGUUGAGCUUUUCGGUAGUGACGAGGAAAGGAGGAGAUAUGGCCUUGACGCUAAAUUGGCAAGUUGGUGUCCUAGGGAUUGAAGAUGAGGAUGGAUUCGCUGAGGAUGUGUUGAAAAGGAUUGAUGGGCUUCUGGCUGGGAUUGCGGGCGUGUAG